GUUCGGUAAAAUUGAAAUGUGAAAACACUCUAGCCGACAAUGUAUUUACGACACCGGAACAGUACUUAAGGUACCUACUUAUAUUGUGUCACUGGAGAAUAUAAAUAACAAAAAUUCGAUCGGCUUAGCGACAUUGAUAUAUGACCAUGCUGUCCAGCAUGUUUCUUAAGAUAAGUUUGGUUUUUGCAAUUUUGCCGGGCUUUCUGCUAACAGAAGAUAGCGAUACUCUCUCUAGAACAAAGCGACAAGACGAUUUCCAGGUUGAUGGCUUUUUUGAAACCUUUGGCUAUAUGGAUGUUGUUAAAGGUUCAGAAGGCGGUCAUGAUGCAUCCGACAGAGAACGAGCAGUCAGAGAAUUUCAGAAAAUGACUGGAUUACCAAUAACUGGUAAAGUGGACAAGAAAACCAUUACUAAGAUGAAAUCACCCAGAUGUGGAUUUCAGGAUGUUCUAAGACCAAGUCAAAGACCUGGUGAAAUUAAUACUGAUCCAAAGAGUGUACAGCUGAAACCACUUUCUAAUGUUUACAAAUGGCCAAAUAAUCAGGCAACAUGGAAAGUUAUGGGAUACACAAGACAGCUUGGAGGUUCUUCUCAAAGACGUUCAUUUAUAAAUGCAUUUAAAAAGUGGACAGAUGUGGCAAACAUUAACAUCCGGGAAGUUGGUGGAAGCGACGCAGACAUUUUAAUCGAUUUCAAACGCCUCGAUCAUUACGAUGGAAGUCCAUUUGACGGAAAGGGUCGGACACUUGCUCACGCUUUCUUUCCUGGUGCACAUGACAUCUCAGGUGAUACACAUUUUGACGAUGACGAACAGUGGACACUUGGUAAAAAGGAAGGUACAAAUUUGGAAAUAGUAGCUGCUCACGAGUUUGGACACGCACUUGGUCUGGGCCAUUCGACGAAUUCAAAAGCUUUGAUGGCACCAUAUUAUCAAGGAUAUGAUCCCGACUACAAAUUACUGUAUGACGACAUUUAUAGAAUGCAAAGUCUAUAUGGUGGCAGAGCUGCUACUAGACCAACUUCUCGUCCACGCGUGACAACAAGAAGACCAAGAGUUACAACAAGACGGCCCUCUACGAAACCAAGUAUCUGUGAUCUGAAAUUCGACUCCAUAUUUAUGAAUGGUGAUGAUCGUCGAAUUUACGCCUUCCGGUAUCGAAAAAUCUAUCAAUUUGAGAGUGACAAGAAUGGUAUAGAAAAGAGCUUUACUAAAGUUUCGAGGAAAGUAUUAACCCCAAGGGUACCUAUCAAUACAGGAGCUGCAGUCGUAGACAGGUACAGGAGACUGUAUGUAUUUAAAGGAAGCAAGUUAUUUCGAUACACAAGAUGGCGACUAGAUGCUGGUUUUCCAAAGAGGAUCACCAUUCCUUUUUUCCAGAAUGUAGAUGCAGCUCUCGAAUAUAAUAAUAUCAUCUACGUCUUUAAGGAUGAUAAAUUUAGUAUCUGGCACGAGAACUACAGUAGCGGCCCACCUUCUGGAUAUCCCAAACCAAUCAGUAGCUACUGGAAGGGCAUACCCAACAAUAUUGAAGCCGCUUUGAAUAUCAAUGAUGGCUAUACAUACUUCUUCAAGGGAACCAAGUAUUUUAAAUACAACAAUAGAUACCAGAGGACAGAAUAUCGGAAGGAUAAAGCACCGGGAUGGCUUGGAUGUGGAAGGCCUGUUCCCAAAUAAUUUAUACUUGAAGGCAUGUACGAAUACAUGUUGACUUUACUGUAUUGCAUCAAUGCUUUAACUUUUAAAACGAAAUACCUCUAUUAGCAUCUUUCAAUAACGCUAGAAGAAAACAUUUUGAAGUUAUUUUGAUCAGCAACAAGUAUUAGGAUUGCGGAAAAAAACGUCUAGCUAUACUGGGGAAAAUCAUACAUCAAAUUUUUCAGUUGUGUUAAAAGAGAAAUUUCUUUUAUUUUCCUGGUUUAUCAUUAAUAUAUAAAGGAAAUAUGUUUGUCAGAAUAAAAUUACAAUGUUUUUUUUGUAUAUGUAUAGUUACUGAAGAUGGCACGUUAUAUAAAUAAAGGCAAACAGCUCAAAACUAUGAACAAUGUUAUAUGUGUAUUGUAGCAUAGAAUUCAAUAAAAUGCAUACUCAUUUUUGUUAUUAAAA